CGUUCGAAGCGUUUUUCAUGAUUCGGCGAAAGAAUUUGAUUUUUCGUGUCAAAUGCUUCCGAUUGAAAUUCUAUAACAUACGAGGUUAAAGAGAAAUGCUGAAAUUUUCGAUUAUCGUUUAAUUUAAUCGUGCCGUUAACAUGAGCAGUUCUACAUUUGUUCUCGAUAAUGGGGCCAACACCGCAAAAGUUGGGUUAGCCUCCGACAAUCCGAAAUUAGUUCCUAAUUGCAUCAUGAAAGCAAAAAGUGAACGACGAAGGCCAUUUGUUGGAAAUCAAAUCGAAGAAUGCCGGGACGCGUCUGGACUUUUUUACAUCUUACCGUUUCAAAAGGGAUACCUCGUUAACUGGGACGUUCAGAAAACUGUAUGGGAUUACAUAUUCUCGAAAGAGUGUUGUCCAGUAAAUUUAAAUCAGCUUUCUGUGAUCGUCACUGAACCUUUAUUCAACUUUUCCACAGUUCAAGAAGCUAUAACAGAAAUAUUCUUCGAAGAAUAUGAGUGUCAAAGUCUAUUAAGAAUUAAUUCCACUACCCUCUCGUGUUACCAAUAUAAAACAGAAAAUCCCAAUUCCAAGUGCUGUAUCGUAGUCGAUAGCGGAUAUAGUUUCACGCACAUAGUACCUUACGUAAAUGAUACCAAAGUUAAAGAAGGUAUCAGACGCAUCGACGUAGGUGGUAAACUUCUUACGAAUCAUCUCAAAGAAAUUAUAUCUUAUCGACAACUUCAUGUCAUGGAUGAAACUUAUGUAAUAAAUCAGGUGAAAGAGGAUUCGUGUUUUGUUUCUCAAGAGUUUUUUAAAGACAUGGAAACUGCGAAAAAUAAGUUGGAAAAUAAUCCUAUAAUCAAGGACUAUGUUUUACCUGAUUAUACAACAUUAAGGCGUGGUUAUCUUAAAAAUCCAGAGCCCCCUAACGAACAACAGACUUUACGCCUGAGCAAUGAAAGAUUUGCAAUACCAGAAAUAUUGUUUUACCCCUCUGAUGUUGGCAUCCGACAAAUGGGCAUUCCAGAAGCAAUUAUGGAUUGUUUGAAAGGAUGCGAAGAAGAAACAUGGCCUCAUCUUUUGUCGAAUAUCAUUCUUACCGGUGGAAAUGCAAAGUUUCCUGGAUUCCAGGAAAGAAUUUAUAAAGAAGUUAGAAGCCUCGCACCGGCAGAAUACACGAUAAAUGUUCAUUUACCCGAGAAUCCAAUCACAUACUCAUGGUAUGGCGGUAAAACACUUUCAAAAGAUUCAAUAUUUUCAAAUCUCCUAGUAACCAGAGAAGAAUAUGAGGAGGAAGGGCAGAACGUUUGUUUUGAAAAGUUUGAUGUUUAACUUUAAUAAAUUUUCUAAUCAAUCUAAAAAUUGAUUUGUACAUAUGACAAUAAAAAUCU